UUCAACAUGGCGGUCCCAGAAGAAGCGCUCAAAGUUUGUGAGACUUUGGAAGGGAUUUUGAAGGGAACAUUUGGACCGAACGGACUUGAUGUCAUGCUGAAUUCAUCUUCAGGAGAAACACUUGUUACCAAUAAUGGUGCGCUAAUUUUGAGAUCCUUGAAUAUAGAAAAUCCUAUCGGUCGAACUAUUGUCGACAAAAUUGUUUCCUUCUCCUCAAUCUCUGGAGACGGCGCAACGUCAUUCGUGUUGCUUUUAUCAUCAGUUCUACGGGAAGUUGUUUCUAUUACAGGAAUGAGAGAUAAUUAUGUUCCCAACGAAACUUUAUCAAUUCACCCAAGACAAACUUUAGUCGCUUUAUCUCGAGCUUUUUACAAACUUGAAUCAAACUUACUUGAACACGAAGUUGUUGCUUCAGUUCUGAACGGGAUCGCAGUAACUACGGAUGUCAAGGCCGAGGAUUCCUCGCUUAUAAAACAGAGAAUGAUUAGACUUCUUAUCACAACGCUUAAUGGAAAAUUUCCGUCCAGUUUGGUUUCGAACUUUGUUGAACUUCUUUGCCAGGUUGUUAUGGAUACUUGGAAAUCAUCAGCUGUUUCCCUGCAGGACUCACUUUUACAUGUAAUUGAUGAAUUUGCUCAGAUCUGUAUAGAAAUUCCUGGUGUUCCAGUUUAUUCUUCCCAUUUGAAAACUGGAAUAAUAAUACCACGUGGAUUUUCCACUGAACAAGAAGGAGUGCUUAAAACUUCUCAUGCAUUCAUGUUUGUUAUCAUGAACUGUAGGUUUGACUUCUUGGGACCACAGACAUCAUCAACAAUUCAAAUGAAUGAUAAAACCAUUUUAUUUUUAAGUGUUCAGUGGAAAAGAAACCAAGUAGAAAAAGUAAUCACCACAUUUCAUGAACAUAAAAUUAAACUGAUUCUGUCCUCAGAGGAUGUACCAGACUUAGCCUUGCAUUUCUGCAGGCAGUAUGGCAUUGCUGUAGUUAGCAACAUUCCUCAGGAGUAUGUCAACUACAUAUGCAAGUGUACAGGAAUGCUUGCCAUCAACAAUGUUGGUGAAGACAGUCUAUCAGAACUCUUUGUUGGAAAGGGUGUUUCGUGUGAUCUUCACAUAACAGGUCAUCAUAGAUUUGUCCAGCUUGAGUUCGAUUUAUCAAGCUGCAAAUUCUCUCCUUGCAGCAUACUGCUUUGUUCUCCAGCACAAGGAUUAUGUAAGCAGUAUUACAUUGCCCUUCACCAUGCACUAAAAUGUAUCAAAAUGUCUUUUAGCAAAGAUGGAAGGAAGUUACUCUUUCUUCCAGGUGCUGGUGCAUGUGAACUGGCCUUAAAUUUUUCUUUGAAAAAAAUUUCUCAGUGUGCAAAAGACUCAAAUUUAUCACAGGCUUUGGAAAUCCUGAGCAGUGCAUUGCAAACCAUACCAAGGUUCCUCCAUCAAAAUUCAUUUUCCAUGUCUCAUCAAAAGGAAAACUUCAUUUACUGUUUGAAUGAGAUGGAGUGGUCUUGGAAGAAAGAUGGAUUGUUGUUAGGGAUAGAUUCAAAGACAGGUACAUCAUUAAAUCCUCAAGAGUGUGAGAUUUUUGAGCCUCUUCAAGGAAAAUUCUUGCUCUGGCAGAGUGUCUUGCAAUGCAUAUCACAACUUCUGAGUACAGAUAAGCUUAUUGGUGUAAGAAAAAUAAAUGGUGGUUUCUGAGGAAUAAAAUACAAUUUUAUUUUAAAAACAGA